GUAUAAAUAGGAGUGUGUAAUGUGACCAUCAGAUUAGGGUUUUUGAAUUUCUCAAUCGGAGUUUCGCCGGCUCAGAGCUCAGAGAACCCUAGUCCACAGCAAUGUCGCUUGUUGCAAACGAGGAUUUCCAGCACAUUCUGCGUGUGCAAAACACAAAUGUCGAUGGCAAGCAGAAGAUCAUGUUUGCCAUGACCUCGAUCAAGGGUAUUGGGCGCCGUUUCGCCAACAUUGUCUGUAAAAAAGCUGAUAUCGACAUGAACAAGAGAGCUGGUGAGCUUUCUGCUGCUGAGAUAGAUAGCUUGAUGGUGAUUGUUGCAAAUCCUCGCCAAUUCAAGAUCCCAGACUGGUUUCUGAAUAGGAAGAAGGAUUACAAGGAUGGGAAGUUCUCUCAAGUGACUUCCAAUGCCUUGGACAUGAAGCUCAGGGAUGACCUUGAACGUUUGAAGAAAAUCAGGAACCAUCGUGGUCUGCGUCACUACUGGGGUCUUCGUGUGCGUGGGCAGCACACCAAGACUACUGGUCGCAGGGGAAAGACUGUUGGUGUUUCAAAGAAGCGAUGAGAAUCUUCAAUUUCUGUCAUUAUUAUGUAUUUCCUGGCUUUCCAUCACAUAUAUAUUACUGAGAUUGGUAAUAUUAGUUUUGUCAUGUAGGACGACGAGCCGGUAGAAUAUUUAUAAUUUGAUUCACUGAGACUUCCCAUGUUUGUGAUCGUUGUUGUUACUUAAGCUCAGCUUCCAUUAGAAUUGUAUUUUUGAAAGUUGAUUCCCUUCUGCUUUAAUUUAUUGGAUUACAUUUGGCAUGA